AGAUGAAAGCCAUGACCACAGACUCGUUUCUACUGAACGUGUUGCUUGGCGAUUCUAAGCGUAUGGUCUGAGAGGUGACCGAAUUAUAGGUUUCGACUACUAUGGUUAUUAGCAUGUGACUCUUGGUUUCUAGGCUUGCUCUUCCUGAAUGGUAGUUGUUUCAUAAGGAUCGAAGCGGAAGCCCAACAUCAUCAGUUCCAUUAUGGUGUUAGGUUGCUGGAGAUAAUGCGGAGCCGAGACGCUUUCGCUAGACUAGUAGGCUUAUCAUGGGGGGUUACCUGGAGACUAAGAUACAUCUAGACGUCUCGCGUUCUCUGCCUUGAUUAGUGGGAACAGGAGGAACGGCCAUGAGAUCGCGAUUCUGUUGUUGAAUGUCUAACAUUCACAUUCCAGCUCUAGUUUUUCUACAGUCAGACGAGAGAAUAGGAUAAAACGGCGUCGCACGAGGCCAUGUAUAUCGCGUACGGAUGGCCGAAGGUUCUCCGAACGACUCGCGGUCCCGACGAUCCAGUGGUCCACGUGGAGAUCAGCGUGGGCUCUUGAUCGUCGUUCACUCCUCCUGCAUUCAACUAUGGACCUCAGGCCAGCACGGGUGAGCUUGGCGAAUUCGUGCGAGAUGAAAGUCGCUGGAAGAAGACGGGGCAAUGCUCAUGCCAUAUGGAACGAAGCUGUCGAGACCCUCGCUGUGCUGACGGCGGGCAGCGUGCUUCAUUUCUACGAUGUGCGCACCACUCCCAAGCCGCUGCGCCUGGUGUCGCCAGACUCCCCCCCUCGCUGCUCGCCCUCAAGUUCCGCUCCUCCACGCGCGUGCCGCUCUUCGGGGACGACGUCUCGAUCAACGGCAUGGUGGCCGACGAGGACCACAUUCUGCUGGGCCUGUCCAGUGGCCGCCUGCACCUUGUUUCCUGGCGGGGGCAGCUGCGCGGCACAGCGGACCUAUGGCGCAAGCACAGCCGGGAGGUGAUCGGCCCCAUGUACGUGCCCGAAGCCAACGGC